AUGAGAUUUUCAGAGGAAGAAUCCUUGAUGAAGUGCCGAAGCAUUCUCGGAAAGAUGAAAGCGAUCAUAACCAGACAAAGAAACAUCAACAGAGAUGUUCAAAAUGGUGUUUUAGAGUUGGACGAACUACUGGACAUAAUCGCCGACUACCGAAGAAACUGGAAAACAGCAGAGGAGGAAAGGGAAGUGAUUAAACCCCACAAGGUGCUGCAGAUCUGCCAAGAUACUCCAACAAUAUCUCGCAACAAAAGAAGCGCACUUAGUCCAGCGGAAACUAACCCAAAGAAAAAACAUAAGAAGAAAACUAGCGGAAACCUUACAGCAGUAGCACCCACAGAAACUCAAACCGAGGACGCACCAGAAACUAGAAGAGGCAAAAAAGACCGAACAAAUCCACGCCUCAAGAAACCUAAGAAACGACCCGAUGCUGUUGUUAUAAAACCUCGAGACGGUCACAGCUACGCGGAUGUCUUGAAAAAUCUGAAAACAAAAGUGAACCCUGAAGAAACAGAAGUGGUAAUCCAAUCCGUUCGGAAGACAAAAUCUGGCUCUAUACUCCUGGUAAUGGGUCAAGGCGGAAGAAAGGAUGAGUUCCGUGAAGAUAUUAUGAGCACAUUAAAAGAGGAAGCUACGGUACAGGACAUGAAAUCCAAGGCCACAAUAGAAAUUCAGGAUCUUGACUCCCUGACAACAGAGGAAGAAGUGCUCAAGGCCAUACAAAAUGUGACCAAUAUAACGGAGGAGGACACAAAUAUACGUCUGACGGCUACAAAUAGCAGGGAACAGAAGAGAGCUUUUGUAUCUCUGCCAACAGCUGACGCAAAUACAUUGCUCGAGAAACGAAGAAUUCUAAUAGGAUGGACAUACUGCCGCAUACGGUACAUGGAGGAGGUGAAGCGCUGCUAUAAAUGCUUCGAAUCGGGACAUAUGCAAUGGGACUGUAAAGGACCCGAUAGGAAGAGCAUGGGACUGUGCAUAAGAUGUGGACAGAUGGGCCACAAGAUGAAAGAAUGCAGGAACCCCCCGAAAUGCUGCAUUUGCUCACAGAGCGAGGGCAGACCAACAGAUCACUUGCCUGGAUCCCGAAGCUGUAAACCCCCCAAAAUAGCUCGAAAUGAGGUUUUUGCAAGCCAACAUGCAUAGAGCAAA